CCAAGACACCCUUUAUGUGUUGCAGUUUUACCAGUUCACUACGUAGAACAUAGAAAUUAGAAGACAGACCGAAUCGCGAAUGGAUAUCUUAGACCAGCGGCUAAACUAACUAUCUUCACCAAAAUGCCGGGUAACAGGACACCGGUUUGUUUCUAACAGGACAACCACCCAAAAGUUAAUUAUCAGUGUCAUGUUUUUCUUAAUUCCUCUUGAGAAUUUUUUGCCUUUAACCUGCACGCGUGUUUUAACCAAGUGCAUCUGAUACGCGCCUCCGAAAUGGAGCAUCUAUUCCGGCGCAACAGAGUCAUUAAGUCCUUGUUGUCUUUGACUUUAUUGUUGGCCACUGUUUUGAUGGUCCAGAAGUUCAGAGUGGGUGAUCUCCGAAUGAAGGUGGAGAAGGAGGUGCCUCAUUCGGACCCGAAAAGCAACAUGCGAUUGACUAUGCAGUGGAAGACUAAAGCCGGGGUUAGAAACACUAAGGCUCCCAAGGCACCGGUCAGUAAGCGCGCACUGUCUACGUGGAACAUCACCGCUAUUAACUGCACUGCGGACUCAGUCCUGCGCAGUGAGAGCUGGUUUCAGAAUCUGGACUCUAGGUUCCACCAAUUCGUUCUGCACAGACACUGUAGGUAUUUCCCCAUGCUCAUGAAUCACCCUGAGAAGUGUGCUGGGGACGUGGAUGUGCUAAUCGUGGUGAAGUCGGUUAUAGAGCAGCACGACCGCCGCGAGGCUGUGCGUCGUACUUGGGGCAAAGAGCACACCAUCAAGGGCAAAAUAAUUAAAACCCUGUUCCUGCUGGGCACCCCUACGCCUGAAAAGGAUACCAAGAACCUACAGAAACUCCUCGAAUACGAGAACAGACUAUAUGGAGAUAUACUGCAAUGGAAUUUCAUGGAUACCUUUUUUAACCUCACACUGAAGGAGAUCAAUUUUCUGAGAUGGUUCGAUAUCUACUGCACAAAAGUGAGCUUCAUUUUUAAAGGGGAUGAUGAUGUCUUUGUCAACCCAUCUAACCUGAUGGAUCUAAUAGACUUCCGAACACAGGACAAGAAAGUGCAGAACCUGUUUGUUGGGGACACAAUUUCAAAAGCAGUGCCUAUUAGAAAUAACAAAAGUAAGUACUAUAUACCCAAAGAGCUGUAUGAUAAGCCGUAUCCACCUUAUGUAGGUGGUGGAGGGUUUGUCAUGUCCGCUGAUCUGGCACGUAGACUUUUAGCUGUUUCUGAGAAAAUGGUGCUUUUCCCCAUUGACGAUGUGUUCCUGGGCAUGUGCCUUCAGGAGUUAAAGUUGAAACCAGAAAUGCACGGAAGCUUCAAAACAUUUGGGAUCGUGAAGCGCAAGGUGAGCCUGAUGAACAGCGAGCCAUGUUUCUACCGUGAUCUCAUUGUUGUGCACAAAAUGAGCCCAGAGGAACUGCUGAGUAUGUGGGACACGGUGCAUGAUGAGAAGCUCACCUGUACCAAAAAGGAUGUGGAAAUAAGUCCACACAUUUUUUGAAUCUUUGGAUGCUUUGGACUUUAUUCUUUGUCUUCUUUGUUCAUUUUCCAGUCAUAAUUAUGAAUGAUUUUGAUCUCAUUUGGCUCAAAAAGGUAGUUGUUGGGAUGUAAGGGGAACACAAAAUGAUGUUAAUAAUAAUAAUAAUAAUGUUUAUAAUAAUAAUAAUAAUAUUAAACAAACAAAUAGAUCAAAAUAGUAAAUAUUUCCUCAUUGAUUGAAAUUCUCCUAAACAUACAUGUUCCAAUAUGCAGUGCGUAAAAUGUAUUUACAUCAGAAAACCAAAGAAAAGCCCUAAACUUUACAGUUGGAGGUUUUGUGCGGAUGUCAAACAAUAAUUAUGCUUUGUUGCAUAAAAAGCAAGCUAGCUACGUUUCUAAAAAAAAAAAAAACAGAGAGAGAGAAAACUUAAAAGCCACUUUUUAUUUUGCUCUGAGGCAAUUUAUUUGUGUAAGGUUUAUAGACAACUGAUUUAUUAAAUAUACAAUUCUAAGAAUAUACAAUUCUUUGAAUUGUUACACCGAUGAGUUUAUCUAUUACAUUUUUAUGACAAUUAAGAAAGUAGUGACUGGAUAGCACAUAACUAAAAGCAAAGCUUUGCAUUUAAACAG